UCUUGGAAUCGGCGCUUUGCGAGAGGGGAGAACUGAGGCAGGGCUGGAGGCGUGGGGGGGCUUCCUCCUCCUCCUCCUGUCGCCAUGGCAACCGCCGCUGCUAGCCAGGAAAUGGCAUCAGAUGUUCCUUCCUUGGGUGCCACUUCGGGGACGUCUGGGCCGGGGGCACAUUCAGGAGGAAGCGUCGUCCAGAGAACGAACAAGCGGAGAUCCUCAGGGCUUGAUUUUGAUGACGACGCUGAAGUGGACAGUAAAUUUCUCAGAUGUGAUGACGACCAGCUUCCAAAUGACAAAGAGAGGUUUGCGAGGUCUGAUGAUGAACAGAGUUCAGCGGAUAAGGAAAGACUGGCCAGGGAGAACCACAGCGAGAUCGAGCGGCGGCGGCGGAACAAGAUGACGGCCUACAUCACGGAGCUCUCCGACAUGGUGCCCACCUGCAGCGCCCUGGCCCGCAAGCCGGACAAGCUCACCAUCUUGCGCAUGGCCGUCUCGCACAUGAAGUCCCUCCGGGGCACCGGCAACACUUCCACGGACGGGACCUACAAGCCGUCCUUCCUCACCGACCAGGAGCUCAAGCACUUGAUCCUGGAGGCGGCCGACGGGUUCCUCUUCAUCGUGUCCUGCGAGACCGGCCGGGUGGUUUACGUUUCCGACUCGGUGACGCCUGUCCUGAACCAGCCCCAGUCGGAGUGGUUCGGCAGCACCCUCUACGACCAGGUGCACCACGACGACGUGGAGAAGCUGCGGGAACAGCUGUCGACGUCAGAGAAUGCGCUCACGGGCCGUAUCCUUGAUCUGAAGACGGGGACUGUGAAGAAGGAAGGCCAGCAAUCCAUGAGGAUGUGCAUGGGAUCCCGGCGAUCUUUCAUCUGUCGGAUGAGGUGCGGCAACACCGCCGUCGACCCUGUCUCCAUGAACCGCCUCAGCUUCAUGAGAAACAGGUGCAGGAACGGGUUGGGAGCUGUGAAAGAUGGGGAACCUCAUUUUGUCGUGGUCCAUUGUACAGGCUACAUCAAAGCCUGGCCGCCAGCAGGGGUGUCGCUGCCGGAUGACGACCCGGACACCGGCCAGGGAAGCAAAUUUUGCCUCGUGGCCAUUGGCAGGCUGCAGGUCACGAGCUCGCCCAGCUGUGCAGACAUGAACACCUUGUGCCAGCCGACCGAGUUCAUCUCCCGCCACAACACCGAGGGCAUCUUCACUUUCGUGGACCACCGCUGCGUGGCUACGGUCGGCUACCAGCCGCAGGAUCUCUUGGGAAAGGAUAUCGUGGAGUUCUGCCACCCUGAAGACCACCAGCUGUUGAGGGACAGCUUCCAGCAGGUGGUGAAGUUAAAAGGCCAGGUCCUGUCAGUCAUGUUCCGUUUCCGGUCCAAGAACCGAGAAUGGCUCUGGAUGCGGACUAGCUCCUUCACCUUCCAGAAUCCGUACUCGGAUGAGAUCGAGUACAUCAUCUGUACCAACACCAACGUGAAGAACGCCAGCCAGGAACCGCGGCCCGCCGUGUCCAACUCGAUGCAGAGGCCCCAGCUGGGCCCGAACGUCAGCCUGCCUUUGGAGAUGGGCCCUGCGCAGCUUACGGCGAGGCAGCAGCCGGCACCGCCGACGGAUCAUGACGUGGUCCCCGGCAGGGAGACCUUGGCUAGCUACGACCACACGCAGGCCGCUGUUCAACUGGGGAGCACCACUGGCCCAGAGCACAGCAAACCUCUGGAGAAGACCGAGACCUUGUUCGGUCAGGAACGGGACCCUCGCUUCAGCGAAAUCUACAGCGGCAUCAGCGCAGACCAGACGAAAGCCAUGCCUGCCAGCUCCGUGCCUGCCAACCAGUCCCUCUUCUCCCAGGGAAACGCCUUCGUCGCUUCGCGCCCUGCUGAGAACUUCAGGAGCAGCGCCAUGGGGCCUCCCGUGAACGUUAUCCGGCAACAGCAGCCCUCGACGCACUCGGCCUCAGCAGGGCAGGUCCUGGCCCAGAUCUCUCGCCACUCCAACCCGGAUCAGGUCCCCGGGACCACCUGGGCAUCCGGAACGCGGCCCUCUUUCACGGCCCAGGCCGCCAAGACCCGGGGCCCCUCCUUUGCCCUGGGCUCCUUCCAGGCCGCCCCCUCCUCCUUCAGCCCCAUGUCGACCCCCGGUCCCACGGCAGCGCCCGCCGCCGGCGCCUACCCGAGCCUCGCCAGUCGGAACGCCAACUUCACAGCUGGAGAGAGUGGGCAGACCCCGGCCCCGUUCCAGGCACGGACCGCCGAGGGCGUCGGCGUUUGGCCACAGUGGCAGGGGCAGCACCACGGGCCCAGCCCUGGGGAGUCCCACGUCCAGCAACAGCCAAACCAGGCAGAAGUCUUCCCGGAUAUGUUGUCAAUGUUGGGAGAACAGGGGACAAACUACAACAAUGAAGAAUUCCCGGAGUUGAACAUGUUCCCUCCCUUCUCGGAAUAAGAGCGUAAAGCGGCCCGUGCGGACGUCGACGUUUAGCUACGUGGAACAGAAAGAGCAGCCGGGGGUCUGUCUGUGUCUGUCUGUCUGUCUCUCUGUCUCUCUCUCUCUCUGUCUCCCACCUUCUUUCAAAGACUGCCAAAGUCUUCCUACUGUCAGGAAGCAGGAACGCCUGCUGAGGUUUUGCGAACGGAGGCCGCCUUGCUCCCAGCGUGGGCAGAGAUUCCACGGCCCCGCUCAACCUGCUACGGAAGCAGUUGGAUUUUUCGAGGGCACGAAGCCUGAGCUAAAAGCCAUCGCAGGGGGGAUGUGUGUGUGUUCCCCGUGCCAGAUGCGAGUGGAGAUCCUCGGGAGGGGAUCAUCAGGGAUUUUUACGAGUUCCGCAGGUGGAUUUUUUAAAAAAACAAAACGCCACACUUCUAUGCCAUAACCUUUUAUACAUAUAUAUAUAUAUACAUAUAUAUUAAAAAAAUGUAUUCUUGUUUAUACCUGUCAGGAAACGGGGGCAGAAUUUGUAGCCCAGUGAUGUUCACCCUUGCGUAGAUUUGUCACCCGCGAACACGGCCGCGUGUAGGAACUCUUAGCUGCACACUUUUCUCACUCCUGCACAGAAUUCCCUCGAGCAGUGUUAAUGAGAUACGGUUGUGGGCUGGGGGGCGCUUUGCUGGGAACAGCAAGAAGGCCACGCCGUGGGAUGGCCACCGAGAAGAGGAGCAGGCCCUGGUUGGGACGGACCAGGAAAAAGCAGACGUGGCAUGGUCUGGAGAAAGUCUCCCAAAGAAGAAAGAGACUGUUGCUUUAUUUCCGGGUUUCCCACGGAAACGUGGUUCCAGCCGCCCACGUUUUGCUGGCGGCCGCUUCGUCGAGACGCCGUUGCCUGUUCUGUGAGCUGUGCGAUUAUAGCGGGGCCUGGGCGGCUUCCCUGCCUGCAUUUUUCUCGUAUGCGCUUCAGGGCAAGGCAGGACGGGGGUCACUUCCAAGCCAUAAAAUGCGGGAUUUAACGCAAAGCAUUUGUGUUGCUGAGAACCGCUGCGUCCCCGUGGACUUCCUUACUGUUAGUCACCGUCCGACGUGAAAUGAUGCGUGGAAAAGGUGCGUUUAUAUACACGCACACGCACACAACAGAGUUUGAUCUGUGGUGUGCGUUACUGUUUUUCCUUCCAACAUGGGAUAAAAAGAUACUUCUCUCCAGCCUCGUGGAAACGCCCCUCCUCCCGAACCACUACUAGGGGGAUUAAGGAAGAGAACGAGGAGUCAAGAUGAGGGAGUAUAAAUUUCAUUUUGGAGACACGCGCGCUUGAUCAACCUGAGCGUAUGGGGAAGUCAGUUGCGUGAAGCUGAAUUCUUGCGAUUGGCUGCCGCCUUCCUUUGGAAAUCACUGUGUUCCACCCCUGUUGGGAGAAGAACCAUAGAAUAGCAGAGUUGGAAGGGGCCUACAAGGCCAUCGAGUCCAACCCCCUGCUCAAUGCAGGAAUCCACCCUAAAGCAUCCCUGACAGAGGGUUGUCCAGCUGCCUCUUGAAGGCCUCUAGGGUGGGAGAGGCUUUGAAAAGCGAAGAAGAUCCCCAACCCAGUAUUCCAACCGUGACAUGUGCGAUAUGAACCUUUUACCGAUGCGCUGCAAUGCCAACUUUUCCAAGAAGGAAAAAAGGCCCUCCUGUUAGGAUUAAAAAAAAAAAAUGCCACACCAGGGAUUCUCGUUUCUUCCUUGCGAAACUCAGACGUUGCCAAAGCAUGAAAUCUUCCCGGACUCCUGAUAUGUGAUAUGCUGCCACUUUAAAAAGAAAAAUGUUGAUGUUUUAGUAAUUGAGUGCAAAUUCAGCAUCCGGGGUGGGUGGGCGGGUGGGUGGGGAAUCUACUUUUUAAAUUAAAAAGCAAGCCAAGUUUCUAGGCCUUGUGACCAAAAAGGCUGGCGUGUGCGUGGGAAAACUCAGAAGCCUUUCUUGUGCUUUGACAUCGGUCCUUUGCCAUGACUUGUAGAAGUGGAACCAAUUAUGCAAAAUAAAUUAUAUGCAAUUUUUAA